AUGUCUACAUUGAUUAAGUCUGCUAAAUCCAUUGUUCCUUUGUUGGACCGUGUGCUAGUACAAAGAGUCAAGGCUGAAGCCAAGACUGCUUCUGGUCUGUACUUACCUGAAAAAAACGUGCAAAAGCUAAACCAGGCCACUGUUUUGGCCGUGGGACCUGGAUUCACGGACGCUAAUGGUAACAAGGUGGAACCUCAAGUCAAGCCAGGCGACCAAGUGCUUAUUCCACAAUUUGGCGGUUCGUCCGUGAAGCUCCAGGGCGACGAGGAAGUGAUUUUGUUUAGAGACAGCGAAAUCUUGGCCAAGCUCAACGAGUCUGCGUGA